AAUACUGAAUGUUUUAUAUUAUAGUUUGUACUCCAUAGUCCAUAGCCAUUAUAUCUCAUAUAAGACUUUUAAGUUAACCUACAUAAAUAAAUAAUACUUAAUAUACUAUACAACUAUACAAGUUUAGAGUUGUUAUUUCUUGAGUGUUUCCAAAAAACUUGUUUAUCAAAAUUCAUGCUCAUUUUGAUAAUUUACUAGUUCUGACUGUCUGAGUACCAAAGUUGGCUUACAACAAUAAUUAUGUCAGCAUUUAACAAUUCCAGUACUAGUAGUGACCAAAAUGAUCCAAAUAAAGACAAAUCAAAAACUCCAAAAUCUAAAGAUAUGCAUUUACCCAUAUCAAGAGUACGUACCAUCAUGAAAAGUACACCAGAUAUUGAAAACAUUGGAUUACCAUCAUUGCAUGUUGUCACUAAAGCAACGGAACUAUUUAUUCAAAAACUGGCACAGGAUGCUCUCAAAGGACAAAGACACUUCAGACAUUUAGAAUAUAACGAUCUUGCCAGAGCUGUUGAAGAAAAUGAAAAUAUGUAUUUCCUUAGAGAGGUUUUACCUAAAAAAAUUACUAUGGCUGAAUACUAUAAAUUGGUUGGUAAAGAGUCCUCAGAAGAUGGUGAGGACAAUGAUAACAGUUCACAAACAUCACAUUCUUCAUCAUCUUCAGUAUCAUCAGACAAUUAAUCUAUUUAAUAUAUUAUACUCCUUAACAGUUAACAAUCAUCAAUAUAAUAAUUAUGUAGUUACAUUUUUUUUUUAUUUAUAAAUUAUUGUAAUAUUAAAUAUUAAUUUUUAAGU